CAGCUGGCGCUCAGUGAAGCUGGGGGUCGGACGACGGCGCCGCCUGUCCCAGGCCCACCCUCGCGCUGGGGCGGCCUGGGGGCGGGACGGUAGGGGGCGCUGUGGGGCGGGGCGCGCACCUCCCGCGGGCCGCGCGAAUGGCGGCGCCGGGCGCCGGGCCUGGGCCGGGGUCGGCCCCGGGGCUGGAGGCGGCGCGGCAGAAGCUCGCGCUGCGGCGCAAGAAGGUGCUGAGCGCUGAGGAGAUGGAGCUGUACGAACUGGCGCAGGCGGCGGGCGGCGCCAUCGACCCCGACGUGUUCAAGAUCCUGGUGGACCUGCUCAAGCUGAACGUGGCCCCCCUUGCCGUGUUCCAGAUGCUCAAAUCCAUGUGUGCGGGGCAGAGGUUGGCGAGCGAGCCCCAGGACCCUGCAGCCGCGUCUCUGCCCGCGGCGAGCGCUCCUGAGCCCCGAGGGAGAAACAAAGGCGGCACCAUGCUCGGUGGAACACCAGGCCUGGCAGAACGCAGCGGCCGGGAAGGACCCAGCCAGAGGACACCCCGCCAGCCCAGUGCCACCAGGCUGCCCAAGGUGGGCGGGCCUGGCAAGAGCCCUACCCGGAGCAGCUCCUAGGACUGUCAGGGCUUGACACACACAGGCCUGCUGAGGCUCCGCAUCCUCCCAGCAAAGGCUGUGUGGUAUUCCAAUCAGGUGAUGAUAAACCAUUCUGAACAGCAGAGGGUCUAGAUCAGAUGUUCUCUAUCACUUUUGAAUAAAUUAAGGUACAAAGA